GUUGGCGGCCCGGCGGGGCGGGGGCGGGGCGGGCCUCUGGCUCCGUCUUCCUCCGCAUGUGGCGGGCGGCCGCGGAGCAGUUCCGUUCGCGCACUCCUCGCCGUCCGCAUCUCCUCAGGGCGCUCCCCGCGUCACAGAGCCAUGGCGUUCGCCGAGACCAACCCCGCCGCCUCCUCCCUGCCCAAUGGCGACUGCGGCCGCCCCAGGGCGCGGCCCGGAGGGAACCGGGUGACGGUGGUUCUCGGGGCGCAGUGGGGCGAUGAAGGCAAGGGGAAGGUGGUGGAUCUGCUGGCGCAGGACGCCGACAUCGUUUGCCGCUGCCAGGGAGGUAAUAAUGCUGGCCAUACAGUUGUUGUAGAUUCUGUGGAAUAUGAUUUUCAUCUUUUACCCAGUGGAAUAAUUAAUCCAAAUGUUACUGCAUUUAUUGGAAAUGGUGUUGUAAUACAUCUGCCCGGACUGUUUGAGGAAGCAGAUAAAAAUGUUCAAAAAGGAAAAGGUCUGGAAGGCUGGGAGAAAAGACUUAUUAUAUCUGACAGAGCACAUAUUGUGUUUGAUUUUCAUCAAGCCGCUGAUGGUAUCCAGGAACAACAGAGACAAGAACAAGCGGGAAAAAAUUUGGGUACCACAAAAAAGGGUAUUGGCCCAGUGUAUUCUUCCAAAGCUGCUCGGAGUGGACUCAGAAUGUGUGAUCUUGUUUCUGACUUUGAUGGCUUCUCUGAGAGAUUUAAAGUUCUGGCUAACCAGUAUAAAUCUAUAUACCCCACUUUGGAAAUAGACAUUGAAGGUGAAUUACAAAAACUCAAGGGUUAUAUGGAAAGAAUUAAACCAAUGGUGAGAGAUGGUGUUUAUUUUCUAUAUGAGGCCCUACAUGGACCACCAAAGAAAAUUUUGGUAGAAGGGGCAAAUGCAGCGCUUCUAGAUAUUGAUUUUGGAACAUACCCUUUUGUGACCUCCUCAAACUGUACUGUUGGAGGUGUUUGUACUGGAUUAGGUAUGCCACCGCAGAAUGUUGGAGAAGUGUAUGGAGUUGUGAAAGCUUAUACAACCAGGGUUGGGAUUGGUGCCUUUCCUACAGAGCAAGACAAUGAAAUUGGAGAAUUAUUGCAAACGAGGGGCAGAGAGUUUGGUGUAACCACUGGAAGGAAAAGAAGAUGUGGAUGGCUGGACCUUGUUUUGCUCAAAUAUGCUCAUAUGAUUAAUGGAUUUACUGCGUUGGCACUUACCAAAUUGGAUAUUUUGGACAUGUUUACAGAAAUAAAAGUUGGAGUAGCUUACAAGUUAGACGGUGAUAUCAUACCUCAUUUUCCAGCAAAUCAAGAAGUCUUAAAUAAAGUUGAAGUUCAAUAUAAGACUCUCCCAGGAUGGAACACAGACAUAUCAAAUGCAAGGACAUUUAAAGAGCUACCUGUUAAUGCUCAAAAUUAUGUUCGAUUUAUUGAAGAUGAGCUUCAAAUUCCAGUUAAAUGGAUCGGUGUAGGAAAAUCCAGAGAAUCUAUGAUUCAACUCUUUUAAGGAUUUCCAAUGAUACAAGAUACACUCCUUGAAAGUGGGGGAGGGAAAGACUUUCAUGAAUAUUUCCUUUCUGAUCUAUCUGCAAAUUUCAAUAACAACAACUUUGAAGUGCGAUUUAAGUCCUCCAGUCUUUUGGCUGUGGAGAUACUUUGGCGAAUUCAGUUGUCAGCUUCUUUAGCUGGCAAAUUGCUGAAUCAUUUAUUGCUCCUGCUGCUCAUGGUGCCACGUUUUCUUUCAAUGUUUAGUAAUAGUUUAAUUCUUGUUGUUUGAGACCUAAAAUAGAAUGGCUUCAAUGUAGUUUUUCUUCAUUAUUGUCAUUGUGUCAUUAAGUUUUACCUCUAUUAAAUGGUAAAAAUAACUAAUGCAGUUUUGCACAAAUAUUUUUAUUACAUUCUGAUUAUUCAAUUCUGUCAUUAUAAUCUUUUCUGUUAUAAAAAUGAAAAUAUAGGGGUCCCAUAAAAUUUUGUAAUGCUGCAAAUUCUGUUUAAAUUGUAAGCUGUGUAUUUUCUGCUGAGACCAUUGCAAACUUGAGCUUGCUGGGGGGUUGGGGGUGCUAUAUUCAUGGGUCAUUUAAUUUGUAUGAACAUGAAAAACUUGUGUAAAUUAUUUCACGUGUUAAACAUUUAAUUAAAUUUUCAAAGAGAAAAGGUGUUUCCCAAAAUAAUCUUAAUGCUUAAAAAUUUAGUCAUUAAAGAAUUUGUGAUUUUUAGUGGCUAUUUUUCUUUUUGACAUUAACUGAAAUGUAUGGCUUCCCUUUUAAAAUCUUUUUAUUUUUAAAUCUAGUGGGUUGAUUUUUUUUUUUUAACUUGUGCCUCUCAAUAUACAAAAUUAUCAGUAAGGGUCCAAAUGAACCCUAAAUUGUUGGUCAUAACUUUGAUCUGCCUUUAUUUCUCCUUUCUUUAAAAGAAGAGGUGUUAUUUUGACAAUUAGGCUUAACAUAUCAUGUUAAGAUUAUUCUUCAAUGAGCUAUUUUAACUGUUUAAACUAGGUGCCACUUAAAUUUAUUUUAUUAUAUCAUCAAACAGCUGAUUAAAAAGAACUAAAUAUUUCUAGUA